UUGCAGCCUGAGAAUUUAUUAGUAGAGGUAGGACCAAUGUCUACGAGUGUAAAACUGAUAGAUUUUGGUGACGCCAGACAUAUUUAUAAUAAUUAUUAUAUACAUCCAAUGGUGGGCAAUCCUGAAUUCAUGGCUCCAGAAAUAGUUAGUUCUACUCCAGUCGGUCUCCUCACUGAUGUCUGGAGUGCUGGUAUUAUAAUCUAUGUAUUAUUAAGUGGUGUAUCACCGUUCCUGGAUGAAAGUCAAGAAGAAACGUGUUCUAAUAUCAUUCGUAACGACUACUGUUUCCCCGAUGAAUACUUCGCUGGAAUAUCACCGGAAGCCAAGGACCUCAUGCGUCUUAUUUUAAUUGAAGAUUUAAGUCGGCGACCAACAGCUCAUACAUGUUUAGAAAGUGCCUGGAUUCGUAAAGCAUUAGUACCCAGAAAUUCUCCGCUACGCCCAAAACCCAUCCUCACUUCACGAUUAUCAGAUUUUAUCGAACGAAGACGCCAUCAGGUGAGAAUUUUGGAUGCUUAG